CUCCUGCUGCUCCUGCUCCUGCUGCUGCUGAUGUCAGUGUGAGCGCACCAUGGACGGAGGACACCGCUGAGGAGGAACACACUCGUCCAUGACGCCAGCACUUUAGCAGGAAUAUCUUGUGUAAACGUGGAUUGUUUCCCCUGCGCUGGAUUGAGGUUGAAGGUCGAAGUUUGUUUGUGAAACAGUUUGAACUUCAGUGACGUCACUGGAGAGCAGACAGAGAAGACUGUGACUGCUCGACACUCAGGAUGGGGAGCCGGGGCCACUACCGGUACCACUGGCAGAGCCACAAUGUCAAACACAGCGGCGUGGACGAUAUGGUGCUGCUCAGCAAGAUCAACGAGGACGCCAUCGUGGACAACCUCAAGAAGAGAUACAUGGACGACUACAUCUUUACGUACAUCGGUCCCGUGCUCAUCUCUGUCAAUCCCUUCAAGCAGAUGCCGUAUUUUGGAGAAAAAGAAAUCGAGAUGUAUCAAGGAGCUGCUCAGUAUGAGAACCCUCCUCACAUCUACGCUCUGGCUGACAACAUGUACAGAAACAUGAUGAUCGACCGCGAGAACCAGUGCGUCAUCAUCAGUGGCGAGAGCGGAGCAGGGAAGACGGUGGCGGCCAAAUAUAUUAUGGGCUACAUCUCCAGAGUGUCGGGGGGUGGAGCCAGAGUUCAGCACGUCAAAGACAUCAUCCUUCAGUCCAACCCUCUGCUCGAGGCCUUUGGCAACGCUAAGACUGUGAGGAACAACAACUCCAGCAGAUUUGUAAGACUUUACUUUCUGUGUUUUUGUGAAUGACUUUGUCCUGACGCA